UAGGCAGACGACAGUGUUGCUUGUUGUGGUCUGUGGAGUCUUCAUUAGGUCGAUGUUGUGAUGUUUUUGUCUUUUGUAGGUUAGAAUUUAUGGGCAAUUGCAACUAGAACUCCACUUUUUUAAACUACACCACGAAUAAAAUCUCGAAAUAGUUUUGAGCACUGUGUUACUAAUUUUAACUAGUAUCACAAUAAAACAUCAGGUGUACAAAGUGUAGUUAGAUUAUAAUCAUUAUUGAUUUUUUGUUACUUAACCUAAAAAGCUAAGUUUCUAGGCUAAUAUUACAAUGAAUUUAGGUUGCUUUAAAACAAUUUAUUGUGUUAGUUUAUUGAAUCCAUUUUCUUCAUUUGUACAAAUUACAAGAGCAGAAGUUUUUGGAAAAUGCUAUCAUCGUUUUAAACGGAACAUUUCAUCUAAUGUCAGUGGCCCCCCUUGGAGAAUAAUAUUUUUUGGUACAGAUGAAUUUGCUUUGAAGAGUGUCCAACCAUUGUGUGCAAAACUUCGCACUGGGACCCUCAUGAGUGACUUGGCGAUUGUGUCGAGACCAGGCUCUGUGGUCCGAGCAUUUGCAGAAGAUGAGAAACUGCCUGUUAUUGAGUGGCCAUUCAACCAUAGUGUGAUCGAGAAUAAGUUUGACCUUGGCAUUGUAGUAUCAUUUGGUCAUUUAAUCCCUAAGGAGAUCAUCAGUGCAAUUCCUUUAGGUAUUCUGAAUGUUCAUGGGAGCUUACUACCGAGGUGGAGGGGAGCCGCACCCAUACUCUACGCAGUAAUGAAUGCUGACCCUGAAACUGGUGUCACUAUCAUGAAGAUAGAACCUCACAAGUUUGACACUGGCAGUAUUGUGAGACAGUACAGGUGUCCAGUAGCUCCUAACGAGACAACGCCUCAGGUCACUGACAGGUUGGCAGUGCAAGGAGCAAGACUACUCAUGGAGUGCGUGAGAGACUUGCCACGGUGCCUGGAGAUGGCAGCACCACAACCUGAAUAUGGGAUCACUUAUGCACCAAGAGUGACAAUGAAACUCUCUUACGUCAACUGGACAACAAUGGGGGCUAAGCAGGUGUACGACCUUCACAGAGCAAUAUCACAUCUAUAUUCUCUCACAACCAGUUGGCAUGGAAUCCAGACUAGGCUUUUAGAUAUAAAACUGGAUCCCACAAACUUCUGCUUCUAGUCCAAAGACAGUAUCAGAAUCUUCAAAAACAGUCGGCUCUU